AACCCGGAAAGCUCAGUGUAUCCGCAGUUCCGCACCAAAAUCGAAUUCCCAAACAGUAACUUAAAUAUUCUCAACUCCUGCAUUCGUCGUUAUUUAUCAAACCCUAACCCCAUCAUCUUAUCACUUGAUUAUAAAGAUGGAGAUGCAUACGCAUCAUAGCAUCUUUGAGAGACGACCCAUCAUCAAAUCCAAGGCUCCUGCUGUCAAAUGGUUCAAAGAAUGGGUACCACAAGACGUUGUUGCAACAGGUGGCAAGUGCCUUGUUUUGAAAUGGGUCACCGAGGCAACAUUGAAGGCCUUGAAAGAGAAGAUAAAAGAGCCAGAUACUGCUGAACCGGAACCUGAGCCAACUACUGAAGUUCUUUUCCUAUGCAGUUAUGAAGGUUGUGGGAAAACUUUUAUCGAUGCAGGGGCUUUAAGGAAGCACUCUCACAUUCAUGGAGAGAGACAAUACGUUUGUCAUUAUGAGAACUGUGGCAAGAAAUUCUUGGAUAGUUCAAAGCUAAAAAGGCACUUCCUUAUUCAUACUGGAGAGAGGGACUUUGUUUGUCCGCAUGAAGGCUGUGGCAAGGCGUUUUCGCUGGAUUUUAACCUAAGGUCACACAUGAAAACGCAUUCCCAGGCAAAUUACCAUAUCUGUCCAUAUCCAGAAUGUGGAAAGAGAUAUGCUCAUGAAUAUAAAUUGAAGAACCAUGUCAUGUCUCAACAUGAAAAGCAAAGUGUAGUAGAUGUGCCAAAGUAUGUGCCACCUCCGGCUCCAGAAAAGCCUGCCAAAGCUGUUAAAGCUUCUACAACAACUCAUGCUACUGCAACAGCAGAGCGUCCUUAUGCAUGUCCAUAUGAAGGUUGCGAGAAGGCCUACAUCCAUGAGUACAAACUAAACCUUCAUUUGAGGAGAGAACAUCCUGGCCAUUUCCCGGAUGAGAAUGCCAAGAAUGCCCAAUCCAAUGCUGACAAUGAUAUGGAUGAAGGAAGUGAUCAGGAUGUUUAUGCUAAUAAACGUGGAAGUAGCAAACCGCAGAAGCAAAACAGGCCGAAACCCAGUAUAAAGCUUCCUCCUUCAAAGGUUCCGCAGCGAAAAAGCAUGACUGCUGCCCCCACCAACAUGAAUGUAACUGUUGUGAGAAAGCCAUGGCCUGUGAAAGAAGAAAGGUACGAGGAAGAAGAUAGUGAAGAAACAGAAGAAGAUGGUGAAAACGAUGAUGAUGAUGAGCAAACUGAAUAUGAGGACUAGGUUUAGUAGUGGAGCUCCUCUCCUACAUUACAUGCAAAUUAGCUGGGAUCCAAAUUGGGAUAUUUCUUCUUGAAGGUUUAAGUUAAUUUAAGUGUUCAGAGUUCCCCAAACGAUGAAUUUUCUCUUUUUUUACUGAAAAAUUAUACAGAAGUUAGAAUGAUAAUUGUGUUGUGAACA